AUGUCCUCCUCGUCCGCAUGUCUCACACCCCUCGCCUCCCUCCGAGUCUCACGUUACCACAUCCCAUCCUAUGCCGGCUUCCCCAACACCUCCCUCUCCCCGCAUCCUGUCGUCAUAUAUCAUCGCGCAUUCACCCCUCCGCUCUCCUCAUCCGCCGUAUCGGGCCACCUCCGCUCCAUCGGCGUCGUCGACCCUCAAUGGACCUACCCCAUGUACACCCAGCCCCACUUCCACUCGACGACGCACGAAGUCCUCGUCGUACUCUCUGGAUCUGCCCGCCUGCAAUUCGGCGGACCUCGAAAUCCGGACAAGGUAGAGAUGAGGGUGGAAGAGGGGGAUGUGAUGGUCCUUCCGGCGGGAGUGGGGCAUGCGAUGUUGAAGGAUGAAGGGGGGCUCAUGAUGCUGGGGUGUUAUCCGAAGGGUGGGGAGCAGUGGGAUCAUUGUACGGGUGGAGAAGAGGUGGAGAGGCGUAUUAGGGGGCUGGGAUGGUUUGAGAGGGAUCCGAUUUAUGGAGAUGAGGGGCCGGUCUUGCGUGGUGAGGCUGAAUGA